AUGACACUCAAUGGGCCACUUUUCGCCUGUCUUCUAUUGGCUAUUCAUUAUUGUUUUCCACUCGUAAAUAAUACUCGAUUGAAGCCAUUCGGAAUUGGUGUCAAUUUCGAUAUGCGUUCACGUCUUAAUCGAUCUCCUCUUACAUCAUCAUCUGUUGGUUUCUUUGUCGGUAUCGGUGAAGUGAAAUUUAAUCGAUCAUUUUCAAUGCGAUCAACUCGAUUUUGGUCAUUCGCACAUCAAUGUAUGACAAUCACUCGAAAUCAAUUGAGUCGAAUUGGUGUUCCAUUAAUCAUGAAGAUGUUUACAGAUAUUGCAAGCCAUGAACAUAAAUUCGAUCGGUUCAGUCGACUCUUGUAUGAAGGACGUCAUUCGGAAUUAGCGUUUUCCAAUAUUGGUAAAUAUCCAUUUUCGAGUGCAUACAAUCAUGGCGAAAUACAAUUGCGUGGUUUACAUGUUAUCAACAAUUGUAGCCUUUAUCGUUCGUCGAUAGUUCUGUAUGUCACUUGUGCUGGUGACGGUCAAUUGGACAUCUCACUUGCACACGAAAUGAAAAGCGAUGGCAAGGCAAAAGAAUUUCUAAAUUGUUAUGUGCAUCUAAUCGAAACAUGUGCUAAUAACACACAUUGUAAUAUUGAAACUACUCUCGAUCAGUUGUUGAAAACAAUUGAUAACAUUCACUGAUUUAAGAAAAGCAUGUAUCGUCGUAGAAAUCAGGGCUCCGUGGGGCAACCAAGAAAAGCGUUUCGCUUCUCAACCUUGGAUACCAGAUCUAAUUGGCUAACGAUUGGAAAAUCCAACAUGUUUUUAUAGAAAAUCUUGAAAACGUUUUCUGGAAAUAUUAUUCAUUAAAUUUCAAUGAGUAAUAUAAUGAUUCGAGAAGAAAUAAUGCCCUCUUUGAAUUAGUACAAGGUAGAUAAUACUAAUCCAGUUUGUUUUAGAAUGAUCAAGAUCUUUGAGAUCUCCUUGAUCACGACCAAUUAUUCUUGAAUAAUU